CAAGUGGCAAUGUUCAAAAUGGCGAUGUUAUGCUAGGUUGGAAAGAAAAUAAAAAAAAUUCUGCGCUCUUAAGCAACAAUUUUUCGCUGAAAAUAACUCAAGAAACGUUAAGUGUCAAUGUGUCAAGAAUAUUUCAAAUAGUGCUCUACUUAAUUCUUUAUUAGAAUGGCAAGCUCAGGAGAUCCCGGUGACGCUGGAACAGACAACAAACCAAGCACUUCUUCGGGUAGAAAGGGAGGCCGAAACCCAAGUGCGGUAAAAAUUGAUUUUGUUCCUGGUAGUCUCCUAGAAGCAAGGGAUUUUGCCAAUAACUGGUUCCCCUCAAAAGUUGUGGAAGUUGAUGAUGAAGGAAGAGAAGUACUUGUUCAUUUCCAAAACUGGUCAAGUCGCUAUGAUGAAUGGAUUAGUAUGGACAGCGCUCGAUUAAGACCAGUCACCAAUCAGUCUGAGAAAAUUUGUUCUGGUAAGGCCAGCCGAGGUAAAGACUUUAAAGUAGGUGAGAAGGUCAUGGCAGUUUGGCAUAAUAACAAAAGGUAUCCAGCUCAAAUAACUAAGGUUUUGGAACCAGGAAACUUUGAGGUUAUUUUUUAUGAUGGAUUCAGCAUGCAAGUUAAAGCUAAACAAAUGUCAAGGAUGCCCAAAGAACAGGCUGAUAAAAUGGAGAUUCCUUUUCCCAAACAAAUGGAAGCUGAAAAAGAUAAAAAUGUCGAUAUGGAAGAAAUCGGUUCAAAGGAAGAACGAAGAAAGCGCAAGAAAAAAAUUGAAGUAAGUGAAUUAUUCCGGUGCUACAAGAAAAGACCCUCCAACGAGGGUGGAAGAGAUGGAGGUACACCAAACGAGCUUAUUCUAAAGGAGGAAGAAAAAGAUUCCGUUGUCGAAGCUGCACCUACGCCCACUCCAACAACACCUCUACCAGUGGAGAAAAAGAAGAAGAAGAAGAAGGAAAAAAAAGAAAGGACGUUGAUCAAAGAUCAUGGCGAUAUUAUUAAGCUCUUAGAUGAGAAGUUGCCUGAAGGGUGGGAGAAAAAGGCCAAAUUUAAACCUUCCGCUUCCAAAGCUGGUAAAUGGGAUGUUGUCAUCAUUGGGCCGGAUGGGAGGACUUUCCGAAGUAAACAAGAAAUUAGACAAUAUUUGUUUAUACGUCAAUUGGAUCACGAUCUCGAAUUAUUCGAUUUUCGUUUGGGCGAGAAUUUCUACACCAGUCGAGGUCUUGAAGUCCCCGUUCGUGCUAGGAAAUCCACAAUCCCAACAGUGAGAACACCCACUGCCCCUGUAAAGAAACAAGAAACAGCAGAAGUGACACCUGCUACUACGACGGCACUCGCGCCCUCAGAAUCUAUUACUGUUCCAGUUUCUGCAACACCUACUCAUGUUGAUUCAAACGGGGCGGAUAAAACAUCUACCAAUAAAUUGCCCAUCAAAAGUGAAUCGAUAGCAGGUCCUAGUGUUGAAACAGAAACUCCAACUUUUGUCCCAGAGGAAGACGGUUAUCGUUGCCCUGUUGAAGACUGCCGUAAACUGUUCCGUCGUGAUAACCUUCUUGGGAUGCACAUCAAGCAUUACCAUCCUGCCCUGUUGAAAAAACUUGGCUGCAAAACGUUUCGGGUGGAAGAUUUAGCAGCGGCCCGAACGGCGUUCGAAACAGAGGAGACGAAACCAGUCCAUGUAUCCCAUUCGCAUUCCAUCCUAGCUUCCAUCCUAACACUUCCUCCCCAAACAUCUCCUUCCCCUCCACCUCCACGGCUCCGGUCUAGCUUGGAGCGGAGGUUGGAGAAAGAAAAGGAGAAACCGGCCGAUUCUCCAGCAAGUGACGACAUUCAGAAUUUGCCGCUCUCGAAGAGACUUAGUUUAAGCGAGUCUCAACAGAAACCUGGUUCCAACGCUCCUGCGAAAACGACGAGGCGGAAAUCUGACAAACGUCGCGUUGAUUAUCCCGUAGAAGAGAUCCCAUUAUAUUUACCUGAAUCAGAACCCGAAAUUCCUCCUAUUGACUUUGAGUCCAAGACUUGUGGACUUGAAGAUUUGCAGCAACAGAUAAAAGUUGAAGAACCAAUAGUAUCUACGCUUGAUGAUAUUCCAGGACAGAAAGAACUGGUCCACUGUUUCUGCGGUUCUCCAGAAGAAGAUGGCUUAAUGAUCCAGUGCGAACUCUGUCUCUGUUGGCAACACGGUGUUUGUUUAGCGAUCGACUCGGAAGAAAACGUUCCUGAUCCCUACGUUUGCCACUUUUGUCGUUAUCCAUUCAGAGAGCGGCUUUCUAGGCGGUAUACGCACGAUCAAACUUGGUUGAAGAAAGGACAUCUUCCUAGUCUCAAAUUCAUUUCGGGUUCGAGCUCUGUUCCAGCAGAUCGAACAUUGAGAGUGGCCCAUACUUUAACUGCUGCUGCUACUGACCUUAAACAGCUUUUACACUCUUUAAAAGUUAAAAUAGAUGUUGCCAAGAAUAAAGAUCAUCCAAAGUUAUACUUGUGGGCUCAACCAUGGAUUAAAAAGACUGAAUCUGAACCAUCGAGUCAGGAUGUUCCAUCUAACGUGGAGAAAGAAGAGACCAAAUCGAUGGUACCGAAUGUUCCUCUUCCCGAAACUCCUAUCGAUGUAACUGAUUGUCGAUUAAAUCUCCUUUUGCACAUUGGAGAUAUGCAAAACGAAGUUAAUACCAGAUUAGAAUCUCUGGAAGGAUUAUUUGAAGAAUGUGAAAUGGACGACGGUUUGAUGGACACUUCACAUGUGGCUAAAAUGUUACAAAUUCUAUUGAAGGAUGUUGUCACCUUGAAAAGGAUGGCGUCGUUCAAUUCGUGGAGUUCUUAAGUACAAUAGGAAAUUGACUUGUUUUCCCUGUACCAAUUUAUAUGGCGAAUACAUUGCGAUGUUAU